GUGCGGCGCUUGCCUGGCUCCCGGCAUGCCCCGCGAGCCGCCGGCACCGCAAGGCAGGCUGGGAUUUGUAGUCCCGCGGAGCGCUGCGGGCCGGGGCCGCUGGGUGGCGCCAGCAGACCCCGCGCGGGCGGGACGGACGGGGCGGGUGCCCAGGAUCGGGACCGGGAUCGGGACCGGGACCGGGCGGCCGGGGCUCCCACCGCCUGAGCAGCUCCAGCUGGGCGACGACCUGGUCCUGCCGCCCCCGGGCUGCUCGGGGCUGGAUCAGGGCCGGGAGCGCCCGGAGUCACAAACUCAUCCCCCUGCGCAGCCAGUGCCCGGAGCUGCGGGGACUUCCCAGGCCCGGCCCGCAGGAGCUGGGCCCAGAAAUCCCCUCCCCACCGUUCCCUCCGUGUGUCUGCCCUCGAGACUCCCCUGGGACCCUUCGCGCUCUUGAGUGCGUCAGUUUUGGGAAGUGAGGGCUGGAUGGGGAAUCCAGAGCACGCGGUCUCGAGGCUGCUCACCCACCGUGGCUCUCAGGGAAGCGCCCUGCCUGCCCUGCCCUGCCUGCCCUGCCCUGCCUGCCCUGGCCACGCUGCCUGCCGUGCCUGACGGCCAUGCUGCCUGCCCUGCCUGCCCUGCCCUGCCUGCGCUGCCUGCCGUGCCUGACGGCCACGCUGCCUGCACUGCCUGUGCUGCCUGCCCUGCUUGUCCUGCCUGUCCUGCCUGCUCUGCCUGCCAUGCCUGCGCUGCCCGCCCUGCCUGCGCUGCCUGCCCUGUGCUGAAGCAGCAGUGGCCGGGCAGAGGCCGCAGACAGCCCCCAAGCAAUGACCACAGUGGCUGUUCCUGCAGGGCGGCCGUGGGGGGACAAGGUGGCAGCACCAUGUGUGACCCGGGGUGCUGAGGCCACAGCUCCCUGCUCGUCUGCACGCUGUGGUGAGACGGGGAGUCCAGGGAAAAUCUCCAACGCAGGCAGGGGAGCCUGGAACUUCCCCAGGGACCACUCAGGGACUCCUCAGAGGGAACUGAGCCAGAGGCAGGUGGCCUGUCCAGGCCUCCAGCGCUUUUUCCCCUUCCUGUUUCUGGGCUGAUGUAUUUGUAGGGACUCUGCACAGAGGUCAGGGGCUGUGGGCAGUGAUGAGGGGCUCUCCAGGUCCACGUCUCUGAGCUGGGAAAACGAAAUAAAAUCUCGAAGUUGUGCCUCAGGAAUGGGGCAGUGGGGCCAGAGCACUUUCCUCACUUGGCUCGCAAGUGACUCCUGCCCCUGCCCGCUCCUCCUUCGCCCCGGGCAGCGCAGGCAGCGGCUCGGCGGGGCUGGCAGGGAGCUGGCAGGAGCCAGCUUCCCACCUCGGGUGGCAGCAAGACGUUCACACAGACCCACCGCGGAGGGACCCCCAGCCCGGGCGGCAGGUGGGGCCCGGUCCAGGUGUCCCGCAGCGACAGCUGUUCCUGCACCGGGACGGUGGCAGCGAGCCCGGUGCUGGGAGCCUGGUGAUGCCAUAAGGUGCUUUGACAAGCAGUAUGAACACAAGGGCAGGUGCUGCAACCGGUGUCAGCCAGGGGAAAAGCUGGUCUCCGAAUGCAACAGCACAGAAGACUCGGUCUGCACCCGCUGCGAGAGCGGGCACUAUCAGCAGGGUUGGACCAGGGAGAAGCACUGUGCCCCACACGAUAUCUGUGAUGACAACACUGGCCUCAUCGUGAAGGUGCAAGGAAAUGCAACACACAACACGGUGUGCCAGUGCCGGGCCGGCAUGCACUGCUCUGACACCAGCUGCCAGACCUGUGUGGAGAACCAGCCCUGCCAGCGUGGCUUCGGCUUCGUGGCAGCCAAGGCUGUGGCCCGGAUGUCAUCCCCCUGUGAGCCCUGUGCAGAAGGCACCUUCUCCAAUGUUUCUUCUAAAACCGAGCCGUGCCAUCCCUGGACAAGCUGUGAGGAAAAGGGGCUGAUGGUGAAGGUGCAAGGGACAAACACUUCGGAUGUGAUCUGCGAGUCCAGCAGGCGCUCCUCGCUGUCCGUGUUGAUCCCCAUCACGGCUGCCGUCGUCACGUGCCUCCUGGGCAUCUGUAUCUACUGUCUGGUUCACACAGAUCCCAGACGACAGAGGCAGAAGCAGAUAGGGGCCAGGAAGCCCAGAGAGCUGGAGGACCAGCAGCAGCCCAUAGAGAUGGAGGAGGAACCCUUCCCUGUGCAGGAAACCCUGCUCAGGGGCCAGCCCGUGGCCCAGGAGGACGGCAAGGAGAGCCGCAUGUCAGAGCAGGAGAGGCCGUGAGGGCGCAGGGCGCUGCCUCCAACAGGAGCACAGACCGGGCCAGCACUGUCUCCUCUGUCCCCUCUCCAGCAGGGACAGAAAUCUGGCAUCUGUCCUGGCUGCCAGUGAUGUGACACUGCACUGGACGAUGGCACGCCCACCCCCACGGGGACACCGCAGUAGCGCCUGCCCGGGUGUUGCGGCACGGCACAGCGCGGCUGCUCGCCUGGAGACCCCCGGCAGACCCCGCGCUGCCCUGAGAACGGGGGCUGCUGCUGCGGGACCCCCGCGCCACCCGCCCAGGGAGGCCACGGCAGCGCCAAGCCAUGUGUCCGUGUGGGCCGGGCUCCCGUCCCGCCGGGCUCCGAUCCCGCCGCGCCUGCAGCUCCCGGGCCGGGACCGCCCCCUUGCGCCGCGGCGGCCGGCAGAUGGCGCUGCGGGACCGGCGGAGCGCGGCACUGCCCACGCGCGGGUCCGCGCUCCCCCCGCCGCCGGGCAGCGCGCGGGGCGGCCCACCCGGCACGUGCGCUGGCGGAGGCGCGCGCUGCUGGCCACGUGCCGCGCAGGCCACGCGGGGGGAGCGGCCGCACCCACGGCCCGUGCGCCGCGCACCGGGGGGAGCGGCGGGACUCGGUUGUUCCGCAUCGCUCCCCGGCAGAAGCUGCGAUUAAACUCUCGUUAUCCCGUGUGCGUGAGCAGCGCGGCCAUGCAGCGCCCCCGCUCGGCUGCCGCCUCCCUGCGCUCCCGGGACCGGCCGCUCCUGACUGAUGGUCCCAGCUCUGCUGCGCCCGGGAGGAUGCCCUGGGACAGGUGCUCCCAUGGGAGGAGGGAAGGGAAGACGCCAUCAGCUGUGCUGCGUCCCUGCCGCGGCCCCACAGCCCCCCUACACCGUCCCCCAGCCUCCAGCACACCCCGAGCCCGGGCGAGCUCUCCCUGCAUCCACAGCCGGCAUCCCCCGAGGGUGCCAGGAGGUGCGACCGCCCCACCGUCGAGCUCUGCCUGCAGAGCGCACAGGAGGUCUGGUCCAACAGCCCCCCUGCCCACCCCGCACGGGACCGGGUGUACAGGCAGGGCUGCCUGCAGCAGGCAGGCUUGGUCACCUCGCCUUGCAGGGCCAUUGCCACCUGCACCGCGUGGGGCCCGUGUCACUGUGCUGGGUGGCAGCAGCAGAACUGCCGUGGGCUCCAGGUACCGGGGAGCAGCUGUAGCUGAUGACCUGCCACCACCCAGGCACACACAGUGUGGCCUAAGUAAGGCCAUAAAUCCCAGAUCCAGGAGCAGCUGGAACACGAAGCAAUUUUCACUGUAAAGGCAGCAGCACAUUAUUUAAGGCUCCUCUUAAAAUCUAAUGUUAGGUUUAAUAAGGGAGAUAAAAGCAUGUCAGCAGCUCUCCCCCUCAGGGCUCAGUGCUCCUGGCGGUGCUGGGGGUGGUCCCAGGACUGGGCAGCAUCCCCACAGCACCAGCCCAGUGAACACCCUGCCUCGGGAUCAGAGGUGACCCUGAUUCCUGCUGGUCCUGCUGGCAGAGAGGAUCAACACCCAGUGGGCCACAAACAUGGAGCCUUUGGCCCCAAACGGCCCCCAAAGCACCAUCCUGUGCCCCGGCAGCCCCUCGGGCUCCCUGCCCCACAGCGCUGACCUCCCCACCUGCACAGCGUGUGUAACACCCGCUCCCGCGUCUCAGGCAUGUGACAUCUCAUUAGCACAUCUGUCCCCCAAAGUGAGAAGGGAGAGUGCGUGAGACCUAAUUGAAUGUAGCUAAUUAUUCACUCCGCAAAUGCUCUGUUUAAAUGGGAUUGUGAGGGACAGAAUUACUCAUUGUGAAAAGGGGAGAGAAAGAGAGAAAGACAGAGAGAAAACAAAUAGAGGCGGAUGCUGGAGCUGCAGCUCCCUCUCUCCCCAGAAUACCAAUUACUGGAUGAAGCGAUUGUAUAAAUCUUCACCAAGUGAACGAACUGUACUAGUCACUUACUCCUGUCCUCUUGUUACGAGGAAGCAAUGAAAAAUCAUCCCACUCUCCAAUCCAGUUCAGGGCUCCCAGUCGGUGUCUUGGACGCUGCCGACAGCUGGGGAGCUUGUCCUGGGGCUUUCCCAGGUGGGGGUUCCUGCAGAGACAGGGCUGAGCGCUCAGCAGAGCUGCACUGCACUCCUGGGGUCCUGCUGCCCGCGCUGGUGACACCCGUCCUGUCCCACGCUCCUCUCAGGAGACACCAGGACCCUGCUCACCACAAGGCACCCAGCACCUUGCAGGGCUGGUUUACCAAGGCUCCACGUCUUGCUGCCACCAGGAACAGAGACACUGCAGUCCUGUGACCAUGCUGCUGUGAGGGCACCCUGGGACCCUGCACGCUGCAGGCGCUGUGCUCAGCUGGGGGUGAAAGCUGCUGGAGAAGUUGUGCGUUGGGUCACUGUGGGGAAAACAGACGAACAGCAAGUCAGCAAGGAGAGGGCAAAACCUCCAGCUUGUCCUGCCUUGUAUGGGACGGGGAUUUGAUUGUCACCAGCGGCGAGUUUCCAUGCACUGGGGAUGUGCAUGCGUGGGUGUGAGGGAGAGAUAACAUUGUCAUCAUAAUAAAUGCAGCUGUGCAGCUCCA